AUGCAUCCCAGUUCUACGACCACGACGCCCUUUUCUGUGAAGGACAUUCUGAAGCUGGAGCACCACCAUGACUUCGAGAGUGAUUUUUUGAUGACUGAUCAAGUUGUUCCGAUGCAUUAUCAGCACGUGCACGCUGAGUCUCGGAGCAGGGAGGUUUAUGACUGCCAGCCUGAGCCGUGCGUCUCUGGGAUGCAGGAGAAGGUCGAUACUCACAACUCAGCAGCAGAGGAGGAGAUACAUGAGCAGGACAUCAGCCGUCUCGACUGCUCACCUGACUGUGACAGAAACUCUAAAAGCGGACCCAGGCUGCGCAGGAAGCCCCGCGUCCUCUUCUCCCAGUCCCAAGUGUCCGAGCUGGAGAUGCGCUUCAGACAGCAGCGCUACCUGUCCGCCCCGGAGAGGGAGCACCUGGCCCACGUCCUCAAACUCACCUCCACACAGGUGAAGAUCUGGUUCCAGAACAGGAGGUACAAGUGCAAGCGGCAGAGGCAGGACAAGUCCCUGGAGCUGGCCGGGUACCCAGCUGCACCGAGGAGGGUGGCGGUGCCGGUCCUGGUGCGGGACGGGAAGCUCUGCAGCACAGGUUCACAUCCAGCACCUUAUAAUGUGACUCUGGGACAUUAUAGUCCCGUGUUUGGAUACGGGACCAGCAGCGUGUACGGCUGCAGCUAUCACAGUGUGUCACCUGCAGCAGCUCACAUGUGUAAUAAUAACAACCAGCUGGGUGAUUUAACAGGUAACAACAACCACGGACACUUCAAGCCUUCAUUACAGGGUGUCAGGGGCUGGUGA